AUGCCAGCCACGCAAGUCUCCAUGAUUGACCCGCUUGUCAUUCUCCCGCCCGAAGUUGUCCUCCGCAUCUUGGAAUUCGCCCCGGUCGCUGACGUCGCGGCUUUGACGGCAGUCUCCAAAGCAUGGCACCAAUUCAUCGAUCUCACACAUCAACAAGCCAUCUAUGCCUCCGAGUCGAAGACACUUCGCCCCCCACAAGUUGGCCGAGAUAUAUCCUUCCUGUCUGAAUCGCAUAGCUUUUCCAAUUUUUUCAAAGGGACGGCGUCAUGGAAGGACCUAUGCAGGCGUCAGACGGUCCUCGCCCGCAACUGGUCCCAUACGUGUCCAGAAAGCCAGGAAUCGGUGCUGCAGGUCGGAAACGAUCCAAUCUGGCGAUUUCGACCGGACUUUAAACGUCGGUUCUUCGUGUCCACCUCCCACGCGGGCGGUCUGAACGUCACGGACAUGGACUCCGGGCGCAUCCUCUGGCGUCUCCCCUCCUCCCUAGACCAUGGCAAAGGCGGAGUCCGGCCCUAUGCCCAUCUGGAGUACCAGGACGGAAUGGCAGUGUUCGAUCGGACAGGCGACGCCGUUGAGGUUUGGCAGGCGGAUCUAGAAGGUCUAUCACGUGGAGAAUUUCGGAGGAUCGCCGUGUUGAAUCAUGAUUGCCAGACAAGAGGCUUUCAACUAUCUCACUGGACUCUGUGUGUCGUUUCAAAUCAAGGACAAGGUUUUGUGUAUGAUAUGACGCAGCGGCCUCCAAAACUGACCACGCAUCUCAAGAUCGAACCUGACGCGGUGGGUCACUUAGAUCAGACUGAGGAUACCGUGAUUUACUCCAUGGGUCCCCGAGGAUAUGACGCCUACGACAAGAGAUCGGGUGGAUUUUUAGGAACCCUGCAGCCAUCACACUGUAAAGCAAAAUAUCACAUCCGUCACCCGGUCACGACGUCCCCAUCAGCGGCUGCCGCGUUGGCCGGUGCCGCUCGUCGGAGCUCUCACCGGUUUUCCCAUUCAACGCAAUCUCGAAGAGACCACCUCAUGCCGAUCCAGAUUGAGCAGGGCCCUCUACCUGCCCCGGUUGAUCCUGAACAUGUUUGGCACGGAGAAGACGAAUGGGGAGCGGGUAUGCUGGAUGGCGAUCUCUUUGUGGGAUUCUCCAGAGCUGGCCGAAUCUUCAUAUGUUCAGACUGGCGCAAGGCUCUGCGUGACCGGAACCAUCUGAUAGAAUGCAGUUCUCUACUUGAGUGUGAAUCAGAUGGCUCUGGCUUUGAUCUUGGUGGCUGGUUAGCUGUUCGAAAUCACCGCGUCAUGUUUGAGAUACAAGACAGGAUCUAUGUCGUCGGGCUCAAUGACGAGAACAACCUUACCUAUAUGAAUACUUCUAAUCGCGCAUCAUACUCUCUCCUGACAAGUUCCGCGCCCCAGCUCGCCGUCCCCGUAAGUUUCAUGACUUUGUGCGACGAUGCAAUCUUAACCACUUUUACUACCCUUGGAUGGCGCCAAUCGCUUUCAGAUAUUCCUGGGGACACCACUCCACUUCGAUUUCCAAACCCUGAACGCAUCUUUCCUACGAAAACCAUCCGCGUCCUUAGUUUGGCACCCAAUCACUCGAAGUCUCAAUUCCCAGCUACAUCAUUGGACGAUCUGACUCGGCACCGAACUCCAAGUAGUCGCGAAACAUCACACGGCCUACCCGAAGAUUAUCAGUCAACCGAGGAAAUGUGGCACUCCGAGGCGAGUCUACUACAACUGGUUGAUCUUCUCGGGGAUGAUUUAGCAGCGCAGGAGGAUGAACUUGACAAUCAACAGGAAUGGCCAUAA